UAAAAUUGGUAUAUUAGCACAAUUUACAGGAAACAUGCUAUUUGGACUUGAAUAUGAACAAACGAAGUCAGAAAUCAGCAAAGAACUAACCCUUUCGUGUAUCCAGAAUCAAGAAAGUAAUCUUAUUGAAUUAACAACAAAAUUACGAGAAAUAUACCCACCAAACUAUAUAAUUAAAGGUCGUGAAUUGCGUGCCUGGAGAGCCUUAUUACAACGUACAGGCUGUACCAACAUAACACCUUUCGGAAAAGAAUCUGUG